CACUCAACAUCCAUACUCCUCACAUUUUCCUGUUUCUGAAGCAAACCGAAAACCCCUGACUUAGCUUAAAUCUCCUUCAACCUCCUUUCAUUAUCUGUCACUCCCUUCACAUGAUCAACGUUUCCCCAAAAUUCUCAAUCACCCAUCAAUUCCUUCCUCCAUUCCCAUAAAACCCAGAAGAAGCAAAUCCGACGACCUGGAGCCCUUCCAGAGUACUGCACAGUCCCUCAAGCCCUCCGCGUCCUCCACUGGCAACGGCCAGAUCCGGUACCGAACACCAUCCUCGGCGGAGCUCAUUGAGACCGGGUCCAGUAGUUCCACUGCUACUAACCCAUCGCCGACCGGGGAGAUUGAUAAGAUGAACAAACGGUACGUGAGCAGGCACGAGUCUCUUUCUGAUAAGAUCCGUAGGUAUCGGGGGAUGUUGCUUGUGAUCUCGGUGCCUAUUUUGCUUAUCACCUUUGUGCUCUUCGUCAUGCCCGGCGGGUCAACGUCGGAUUUGAGGCAGGAGAUCGAGAUCGAUUACCUGGGGGGGAAGUUCGAGACCGAUAACCGAAAAUUCGCACCGUUCCCUCCCGGGAACAGGAGCUAUGCAGUUAUCUUUGAUGCAGGGAGUUCUGGGAGUAGGGUGCACGUCUUCUGUUUCGACCACAAUUUGGAUCUUCUUCCCAUUGGCUCUGAUCUGGAGCUUUUCGAGCAGAUCAAACCAGGAUUGAGCUUUUACGCAAAGGAUCCACGUGCUGGAGCAGACUCCCUGCUUACACUUCUUGCGAAGGCAGUAAGUGUUGUGCCACUCAAUUUACGAUCAAGGACUCCAGUCAGAGUUGGGGCAACUGCUGGUUUGAGGGCAUUAGAAGGAGAUGCAUCUGAUAAAAUUUUGCAAGCUGUUACGGAACUUCUGAAAGUUAAAACUACCUUGAAAUUAGAUGGGGUCACUAUUCUGGAUGGAUCACAAGAGGGUUCUUAUGAGUGGGUAACAAUAAAUUACCUGUUAAGGAAUUUGGGGAAGUCAUACUCCAAUACAGUUGGAGUAGUUGAUCUUGGUGGUGGGUCUGUUCAAAUGGCAUAUGCAAUCGCUGAGGCAGAUGCAGCUAAGGCUCCCAAGGUAUCAGAUGGAGAAGACGCUUUUGUAAAGGAGAUGUAUCUAAAGGGAACAAGAUACUACCUUUAUGUUCACAGUUACUUGCACUAUGGCUUAUUAGCAGCCCGAGCAGAAAUUUUGAAGAUCUCUAAAGAUUCCAGCAACCCUUGCAUCUUAGCUGGUUAUAAUGGUUCUUACAAAUAUGGGGGAGAGGAAUUUGAAGCAUCAUCUCCUCCUUCUGGUGCAAGCAUGGAAGAAUGCAGGAGGCUAGCUUUCAAUGCUCUCAAAAUUAAUCAAACGUGUACGCACAUGAAAUGCACUUUUGGUGGAGUGUGGAAUGGUGGAGGUGGUGAUGGACAGACGAAUUUGUUUGUUGCUUCAUUUUUCUUUGACAGGGCUGCUGAGGCUAAUUUUGUUAAGGCCAGUGAUCCCAUUGCAAAAGUUCAACCGAAGAAAUUUGCUGAUGCUGCUAAACAAGCUUGUGAAACUAAGCUUUCAGAUGCAAAAGCUGUAUACAAACUUGUGGAGGAUAAUAAUCUCCCAUACUUAUGCAUGGAUCUGGUUUAUCAAUAUACCCUGCUUGUGGAUGGAUUUGGCCUUGAUCCAGAUCAAGAUAUUACAUUGGUGAAGAAGGUGGAAUACGGUAAUCACCUUGUUGAAGCUGCAUGGCCACUGGGCAGUGCUAUAGAGGCAGUAUCAUCGUUAAAGUAAUUUUGUCUUGCAUAAGAUUUAAUCAGUCACUUCAAAUCCCAUGGUACAAAGCUUUUGCAGAUUUUGAACCCACGUUCAAUAUCCCUCAGAAAGCAAUCACAUUUCUAGCUAGAAACGAGGAUCUGAUUCUACUAUUCUUGGGAAUGACAAUAGAGAGAAAAUGGUUCCGUUUUUAUUUCUUCAUUUGUAACGAUGUUACAUGUUCUGAUUUAUUAUUUUUGGGAGAAUGAUUUAAUUGAAUUAGUUUGUUUAGUCUGUCCAGUUGAACAAACAGAUCUCAACAACUUUCUUUUUCCAGAAAAGGCAAGCUUUUCUUUGAAGAACGAAAUUUCCCCUCAAAUGCGGUAUUUACGUUUCUCUUUUGGGCAUCCCCAAGGGUGCACUUAUUAACUAAAUCAGUCUAUAACUA